AUGUGGAAGCUGAGCCGGAGCCGGGUGCUUCUGGACGAGCCCCCGGAGGAGGAGGACGGCCUGCGGGGGGGGCCGCCGCCCACCGUCCCCGCCCCGGCGCAGGUUCAGGGAGCAAGUUUCCGAGGGUGGAAAGAAGUGACUUCUCUGUUCAAUAAAGACGACCAGCAGCGGCUCCUGGAAAGACGCGAGUCUCCCAAGUCCAAAGGAACAAACAUACGAUUAAAGGAAGAAUUGAAGACAGAGAAGAAAUCUGGAUUUUGGGACAAUUUGGUUUUAAAACAGAACAUACAGUCUAAGAAACCAGAUGAGAUUGAAGGUUGGGAGCCUCCAAAACUUGCUCUUGAAGACAUGUCGGCUGACUUGGAGGACGCCUCGGGCGGCCCCUCGUCUCGGCCGGGCUGGGAGGAGGGCGCCAAGGGCUCGGCCAAGUACACCAGCCUGGCUGACGCGGCCGCCAGCUCCCGGUGGAGCCUCCGGUCAGCCGGCAGGCUGGUGAGCAUCCGCCGGCAGAGCAGAGGGCGGCUGACGGACAGCCGGGAGGAGGCAGAGUGA